CCCGCUUUGAAAUCCAGCCACAGCCCUUGGCUCUGCAACUCCUGCAGCAGGGAGUUCCCCAGCUCUGCGUGACGUGAAGGGCCAUAGACAUGUCUGCCACACAGCCCAGGCAGUGGUAACUCUCUGCUGGGCCUUCUCCUAGGAGGCCCCAUCUCCUCUUGUCCUGGUGCAGGAGAAAGACACCGGCCCACCCCGCAGGACCCGCGAGCUGCCAGCCAUGUACACCUUGAUGGGAGGCGGGCUAUUGUGUGCGGUCUCAGGCCUGGUCCUUCUCAUCGUUGCCACGGCGACCGACUUCUGGAUGCAGUAUCGCUACUCGGAGAACUUGAGCAACCAGGGGCUCUGGAGGUUUUGCGUGAGCGGCAAGUGCCACCCCCACACCGUCAGCAUUGGAGCGACUCUCCGGGUCGUAUCUAGGAUGCAGCUCAUGCAAAAUGCAGCCACUCACAUCCUGCCAGCCUUCUGGGACGCCACCCGGGCAUUCAUGCUGCUCUCCAUCCUCUCCUGCUUCGCGGGCAUCAUCCUGGGCCUCACCGCCUUCUCCAGCAACGCCAGGGCAUCCCGCACCCGCUCCGCCGGCAUCACCCUGCUGAUCGCUGGUCUCUUGGCAUUGCUGGGGCUGGCGGUGUACACUGGCGUGACGGUGAAUUUCUUCGGUAAGCGCUACGCUAACUGGCGCUUCUCCUGGUCCUACAUCCUGGGCUGGAUCGCUGUCAUCCUCACCCUCUCGGCAGGCAUUUUCCACAUCUGUGCUGUCUCCAAGAGGCCGUCCCCGGAGAGCUCCAACGUGGCGAGCGGCUGAGCGGGCACCACACCCGCCUGGACGCACGGUCCUGACAGCUCCCCACCCUCACCCCCUGCCCUUGCUCUGACGGCUCCCCCCCCCUCCAGUGACAUGCACCUGGUCCCGGCCAAUUCCCGUCCUCCAGUGCCACCUGCCAGGUCCCGGCCAAUCCCUGCCCUCCAGUGAUACCCGCCAGGCCCCGGCCAAUCCCUGCCCUCCAGUGAUACCCGCCAGGCCCUGGCCAAUCCCUGCCCUCCACUGCCAUCUGCCAGGCCCCGGCCAAUCCCCACCCUCCAGUGAUACCCGCCAGGCCCCGGCCAAUCCCUGCCCUCCAGUGAUACUCGCCAGGCCCCGGCCAAUCCCUGCCCUCCACUGCCAUCUGCCAGGCCCCAGCCAAUCCCCACCCUCCAGUGAUACCCGCCAGGCCCCGGCCAAUCCCUGCCCUCCAAUGCCACCCGCUAGGCCCCAGGCCAAUCUUCACCCUCCAGUGACACCCGCCAGGCCCCGGCCAGUCCCCACCCUCCAGUGACACCCAACAUGGCGUCCUCUGCCCUGUUCCAGCCCCCUCCCCUUGGCCAGGUGUGGUGCCCAGUGCUGGCCUUGAUCCUGAUGUGCCAGUGAUCUGAAUGUGCCAAUAAAGCAGCC